AUGGAGCAACAUCCCGACCCCGAGGAUGCCUCGCCAUCUGACCAUCAUAGCGAUUACAACGACGAAAAUGAUAUCCAAAGCCUGGAUGAUCUCCCUGUUCACAAGCUCAACACCCAUGAUUUCACCAGCGUAGAGACUCUGCGUGCUCCCGACGCCAAGAUUCACGAAUCUAAGAGUGCCGAGACUCUGAACGUCGCCAAUGCCGAUACUUCUCUGCCUGCCAAGAAAACGGCCGAAUGGAGCAUGACUUCACAUGUCAUCCGGAAUGCAGAGCGUGAUGCAGCAGCCGGAUUCAAGAAGCGUGAGCUGGGUGUGACAUGGAAGAAUUUGACCGUCGACGUUCUGGCUGCCGAAGCCGCCGUCAACGAAAACAUGAUCUCGCAGUUCAACAUCCCUCAAUUGAUCAAGGAUUUCCGUCGCAAGCCACCUAUGAAGUCCAUCUUGUCAGAGAGUCAUGGAUGUGUCAAGCCUGGAGAGAUGUUGCUUGUGCUGGGCCGACCUGGUUCAGGAUGUACUACACUUCUCAAGAUGUUGACAAAUCGCCGCGAAGGCUAUCACACCAUCAACGGAGAUGUCCAUUUCGGAAGCAUGACUCCCAAGGAGGCCGAGUCUUACAAUGGCCAGAUUGUGAUGAACACCGAAGAAGAGCUGUUCUACCCCCGCUUGACAGUCGGCGAGACCAUGGAUUUUGCCACUCGACUCAAGGUCCCUUUCCAUCUGCCAGAUGGUGCCAAGGAUAUCAAUGAAUACACAACCGAGACUAAGGACUUCCUUUUGAAGUCUAUGGGAAUCUCCCACACCGCGGAUACCAAGGUUGGAAACGAAUUCGUCCGUGGUGUGUCCGGUGGUGAGCGCAAGCGUGUCUCUAUCAUCGAGUGUCUCGCCACAAGAGGUUCCAUUUACUCCUGGGAUAACAGUACCCGUGGUUUGGACGCCAGUACCGCUUUGGAGUGGGCCAAGGCUCUUCGUGCCAUGACUGAUGUCCUCGGUCUUUCCACCAUUGUGACCUUGUACCAAGCAGGAAACGGAAUCUACAAUCUUUUCGACAAGGUUCUUGUCCUUGACGAAGGAAAGCAGAUUUACUAUGGACCUGCCGCCGCGGCCAAGCCUUUCAUGGAGAACCUGGGUUUCGUUUACACUGACGGAGCCAACGUCGGUGAUUUCCUUACUGGUUUGACUGUUCCGACAGAGCGCAAAAUCAAACCGGGCUACGAAAACACAUUCCCUAGAAAUGCUGAGAGCAUUCUGGCUGAAUAUAAGAAGUCUCCCACCUACCAAAACAUGAUGUCAACCUACGACUACCCUACCACCGAGAUCAGUCGUGAGCGCACGGCUGCCUUCAAGGAGUCUGUUGCCUGGGAGAAGUCUAGCCACUUGCCCAAGAGUAGCAGUUUGACCACCAGCUUUUGGGUUCAGCUUGUCGCUUGCACCAAGCGACAGUAUCAGAUUCUCUGGGGUGAGAAGUCAACAUUCAUCAUCAAACAGGUUCUCUCGUGUGCGAUGGCAUUGAUCGCUGGUUCUUGCUUCUACGACUCGCCAAACAACUCCGAGGGUCUCUUUACCAAGGGCGGUGCUGUCUUCUUCGCUCUGUUGUACAACUGCAUUGUCGCCAUGUCUGAGGUUACCGAGUCUUUCAAGGGCCGUCCAGUUCUUGUCAAGCACAAGGGUUUCGCUAUGUACCACCCCGCCGCGUUUUCCCUGGCGCAGAUCAUGGCCGAUUUCCCUGUCCUGUUGUUCCAGUGCACUAUCUUCUCUGUCGUCAUCUACUGGAUGUCUGGCCUGAACCACACUGCCGCUGCUUUCUUCACCUUCUGGAUUAUCCUGUUCACGACAAUUCUGUGUAUUACCGCCCUCUUCAGAAUGAUUGGAGCUGCCUUCAGUAGCUUCGAGGCCGCUUCGAAGAUCUCGGGAACUGCAGUGAAGGGUAUUGUCAUGUACGCUGGCUACAUGAUUCCCAAGCCUCACAUGAAGAACUGGUUCCUCGAACUUUACUACACGAACCCCUUCGCCUAUGCCUUCCAAGCUGCCUUGUCUAAUGAGUUCCACGGCCGAACCUUCCCUUGUGUUGGUAAGAACCUGAUCCCCAGUGGUCCCGGCUAUGAGGAUGUCGGAGCAGAGAACCAGGCUUGUGCAGGUGUUGCUGGUGCUUUGCCAGGAGCAAACUUCGUUACCGGUGAUCAGUACCUCAGCUCCCUUCACUACAAGCAUUCGCAAUUGUGGCGCAACUUCGGUGUCGUCUGGGGCUGGUGGGCAUUCUUCGCCGGCCUGACUAUCAUCUGCACAUGCUACUGGAAGGAUGGUGCUGGUUCUGGUUCUGCUCUUCUCAUUCCCCGCGAGAGACUCAGAAACCACCAAACUGCCAAGGACGAAGAAUCGCAAUCGAACGAAAAGAUUUCCGCCCGCCAAACCACCGAUGAGCCCGUCGAAGUUGAAGACGAAAACCUCACCCGCAACACGUCUAUCUUCACCUGGCAAAACCUCACCUAUACUGUCAAGACCCCCACAGGCGAUCGUGUGUUGUUGGAUAACAUUCACGGAUGGGUUAAACCUGGUAUGCUCGGGGCUCUCAUGGGAUCUUCUGGUGCAGGAAAGACGACAUUGCUUGAUGUGCUUGCUCAACGUAAGACCGACGGUACUAUUAAUGGUUCUAUCCUGGUUGAUGGCCGCGAACUCCCAGUCUCCUUCCAGAGAAUGGCAGGAUACUGUGAGCAACUUGAUGUUCAUGAGCCUUUCGCUACCGUGAGAGAGGCCCUGGAAUUCUCUGCCCUCCUUCGUCAGUCUCGUGAGAUCCCUCGCGAAGAGAAGCUUAAGUACGUUGACACUAUCAUUGAUCUCCUCGAGCUCCAUGAUCUGGCGGACACUCUCAUCGGCUCUGUUGGCAAUGGUCUCAGUGUUGAGCAGAGAAAGCGCGUCACCAUUGGUGUGGAGCUGGUCUCUAAGCCUAGCAUUCUGAUCUUCUUGGACGAGCCUACUUCCGGUCUGGAUGGACAAUCGGCCUACAACACCGUUCGUUUCCUUCGCAAGUUGGCUGAUGUUGGUCAAGCUGUUUUGGUCACCAUUCACCAGCCCUCAGCACAACUGUUCGCUCAAUUCGACACCCUUCUUCUUCUUGCGAGGGGCGGAAAGACUGUCUACUUCGGUGACAUUGGUGAUAACGCAGCUACUAUCAAGGGAUACUUCGGUCAAUACGGUGCUCACUGCCCCACCGAGGCCAACGCAGCUGAAUUCAUGAUCGACGUGGUUACCGGUGGUAUUGAAGAAGUCAAGGACAAGGACUGGCACCAGAUUUGGCUCGAUUCCCCCGAGAAAUCUCGCAUGAUGGCGGAACUUGAUGGCAUGAUUGCGGAUGCUGUUGCCAGACCUCCUGGAACAGUUGACGAUGGAUUCGAGUUCUCUAUGCCUCUUUGGGAGCAGAUCAAGAUUGUCACUUCGCGCAUGAACGUUGCCCUUUUCCGAAACACCAACUAUGUCAACAACAAGAUGAGUCUUCACAUCAUCUCUGCAGCGCUCAACGGUUUCUCUUUCUGGCGUCCUGGCCCCAGUGUUUCCGCCUUGAACUUGAAGAUGUUCACGAUCUUCAACUUCGUCUUCGUCGCUCCCGGUGUCAUCAACCAGCUUCAGCCUCUCUUCAUCCAGCGUCGUGACAUCUACGACACUCGCGAGAAGAAGUCGAAGAUGUACUCAUGGGUCGCUUUCGUUACUGGUCUGAUUGUUUCCGAGUUCCCCUACCUCUGUAUCUGUGCCGUCCUCUACUUCGCCUGCUGGUACUACCCCGUUUGGAGACUUCCCCAUGACUCUAACCGCUCCGGUGCCACCUUCUUCAUGAUGUUGAUCUACGAACUCAUCUAUACUGGUAUUGGUCAGUUCAUCGCAGCCUACUCGCCCAACCCAACCUUCGCUGCCCUGGUGAACCCCUUGAUCAUCAGUACCCUUGUCAUUUUCUGUGGUGUCUUCGUCCCAUACGUUCAGCUCAACGUGUUCUGGAAGUACUGGAUGUACUACCUUAACCCCUUCAACUACGUUGUCUCUGGAAUGUUGACCUUCGGUAUCUGGGAUGCCAAGGUCACCUGCAAUGACAAUGAGUUCGCUUUCUUCGAGCCUCUCAACGGCACCUGCGCUGAGUACCUGUCAACUUACAUGUCCGGUGUUGGCUCCGCAAUCAACCUCCUCAACCCCGAAGCCACCUCUGCUUGCAAGGUCUGCCAGUUCAAGAGCGGAAGCGAUUUCCUGAACACCCUCAACAUUCACCACUACUACGUUGGAUGGAGAAAUAUUGGUAUCGCGGUCAUCUACGCCAUCAGUGGAUACGCUUUGGUUUUCGGUCUGAUGAAGUUGAGAACCAAGGCUUCGAAGAAGGCAGAGUAG